CGCAGCCAAAGCCCGACAGUUUCUCAGGCUUCCUUCGUAAGUUGCAGCCCGAAUGCUUGGAGCGGGAGCCAACGUGGCAGCGAUGUUUAGGCGAAGCUGCGGGGUUCUGAGAAGUGUUUCUCGUUUUGACUGGAGAUCACAACAUACAAAGCCUGCUCCAAACCGUGAACCAGGAUUAGGAUAUAAUUUUGAACUCACUGAACAGCAAAAAGAAUUUCAAGCCACUGCUUGUAAAUUUGCCAGAGAGGAAAUAAUCCCUGUUGCUCCGGAAUAUGAUAAAACUGGGGAGUACCCUUUCCCCUUGAUUAAAAGAGCCUGGGAACUUGGCUUGAUCAAUACACAUAUUCCAGAGAGUUGUGGAGGCCUUGGGCUUGGAACUUUUGAUGCUUGUUUAAUUACUGAAGAAUUAGCGUAUGGAUGUACUGGGAUUCAGACUGCCAUUGAAGCAAAUUCUUUGGGGCAAAUGCCUGUAAUUAUUGCGGGGAAUAAUGAACAGCAAAAGAAAUAUUUGGGGAGGAUGACUAAGGAACCACUAAUAUCUGCCUAUUGUGUAACAGAACCUGGAGCAGGCUCUGAUGUAGCUGGUUUAAGUACCAAAGCAGAAAAGAAAGGAGAUGAGUAUAUUAUUAAUGGUCAGAAGAUGUGGAUAACUAAUGGAGGAAAAGCUAAUUGGUAUUUUUUAUUGGCCCGUUCUGAUCCAAAUCCUAAGACUCCUGCUAGUAAAGCCUUUACUGGAUUUAUUGUGGAAGCUGAUACUCCAGGAAUCCAUAUUGGAAGAAAGGAAUUAAAUAUGGGACAACGGUGUUCAGAUACAAGAGGAAUUGUCUUUGAAGAUGUGAGAGUACCUAAAGAAAAUGUUUUAAUUGGCGAAGGAGCUGGUUUCAAGAUUGCAAUGGGGGCUUUUGAUAAAACCAGACCUCCAGUGGCAGCUGGUGCUGUUGGACUAGCACAGAGAGCUCUGGAUGAAGCUACUAAGUAUGCCCUGGAGAGGAAAACUUUUGGAAAGCAGCUUGUGGAGCACCAAGCAAUAUCUUUUAUGCUGGCUGAAAUGGCAAUGAAAGUUGAACUAGCUAGACUGAGUUACCAAAGAGCAGCUUGGGAGGUUGAUAACGGCCGUAGAAACACCUAUUUUGCCUCUAUUGCAAAGGCAUAUGCUGGUGAUAUUGCAAAUCAGUUGGCUUCUGAUGCUGUACAGAUUUUUGGAGGCAAUGGAUUUAAUACUGAGUAUCCUGUAGAAAAACUGAUGAGAGAUGCCAAGAUCUACCAGAUUUAUGAAGGCACUGCACAAAUUCAAAGGCUUAUUAUAGCCCGUGAGCAUAUUGGCAAGUUUAACAAUUAAGGAAGUCUCCAUAGAAAAUGUGGUUCAUAACAGUUGUAUGAGCCCCUAAUAAAAUGUUUAAAAAAAAAAAAAGAAAAUGUGGUUCAUUUUUGCAUACUAGAACAUCAUUCACUAUUUAAGCUCCAGGAGAAAAAAAGGCUUUUAAGAUUUUUUUCCAAUGAGAAUUUGAAAAUCAGUGUUUUUAUGCAGACCUAUGUAAUUCUAGCUUUUAAUAUUACUUUUGUACUAUGAUUUAGCUUAAAACUUUUUGUCAAAAAGAUUUGUUUCAUAUAAAGUAUUCAUUCUCCUCAGUAUCAAUAUACUUAUAGUACAUGAACCAAAAAAAAUACAUUCUUUUGUUAUUUUGAGGUUUCAAACUUGAAGUUUCAAAAAAUUCCUGUUAUUAGGAUAUUUUUCCAGUGACAGAAAAGUGACAUACAAGUAAUGAAAAUGUUCAAAAUUCUACAUUGGGGAAAUUUUACAUUGGCUUUAUAUGCUACCAGAUUACUUGCCAGUGACAUUGUAAAUGUAAUGAUGUUGUGUAAGAGUUGCUCGCUUUCCUGCAAUAUGAAUAGCAUUUGCUUUUGGUUUAUACAGUAAAAGUUAAACAUUUUAUAUUCAUAAUUCCCAUUAUACAACUACCAGGAAUUACCUAAACAGCUUGUUUGAUUGUGAGGCCACAUUUCAUAUUCCUUAUUUAAAAUAAAAUAAUAAAGCUUGCCUUAAAUGAUUUUUAUAUGACUCUAAUAAUAUGUACGUAGCCUUUGAUCAGCCUUGUAUACCGUCUCAUUUCAUGUGCAUAUUAUGAAAAGAAACUAAGAUAAAAUUAUCUGUUGAAUACU